AUGUCUGAAUUACAGUUAGAUAUUUUAAAAAAGCUCGGAGAAGCUGGGACUAUUGAGUCUACUCUGGAAACUUUCCCCGGUGUUGAUUCACAAGCGGUGUAUUCUGCUUUGAACUCAUUGAAAGCGAACGGUAAGGUUGAAUAUAAGAACCAUGAUAGCAUAUAUUACACUCUAACGCAAGAGGCAAAUGAAAUUGUCUCUAAGGGCUCUCAUGAACUCAGGUUAUUGCAUAUAGUCAACCAAUUGGGGAAACUACAAAUUAAAGAUGUAGCAGCACAUUUAGGGCCAAACGGUAAAGUGGGCCAGGCGAGAGCUUUUAAGAAUGGUUGGAUUGUGAAGAAUAACGAUAAUGAGCUAGAAGUCAACGGCAAAGUCGGGGAUGUGAGCACUGUGAAGGAUGAAACUAAGCAGCUUCUAGAAAGUAUCGCUAAGAACGAUUUAAGCGGUAUUGAUGCUAAGACCAUUAACGAUCUAAAGAAGAGAAAGUUGAUUACCCCCCGCAAGGAGACAUCCUUCAAUGUUGUGAAGGGUCCUGAAUUUUCCCUGGAAUUAACUAAGAUGGAAACUGAUAUAACUUCUGAUAUGGUUGUCAACGGUUCCUACAAAAACCUAAAUUUCAAGCCAUAUAACUUUAAUUCCCAGGGUGUAGAGCCUCAAUCUGGUGCUCUUCAUCCAUUGAACAAGGUUAAGGAGGAAUUUAGGCAAAUUUUCUUCUCUAUGGGUUUCAGCGAGAUGCCUUCCAACCAAUAUGUGGAAACAGGUUUCUGGAAUUUUGACACAUUAUUUGUUCCUCAGCAACACCCUGCCCGUGAUUUGCAAGAUACCUUCUAUUUGAAAGAUCCUAUAAAAUCCGAUCUUCCACAGGAUAAGGAGUACUUACAAAACAUUAAAGAGGUCCACGAACAGGGUAAAUAUGGCUCAAUUGGCUAUCGUUAUAACUGGAAGGCAGAAGAAUCGCAGAAGUUGGUGUUAAGGACCCAUACUACUGCUAUAUCUGCUGCUAUGCUGCAUAAGUUAGCUGAGGAUCCUAAGCCAGCUAGAUUGUUCUCAAUCGAUCGUGUCUUCCGUAAUGAGGCUGUUGAUGCCACUCACUUGGCAGAAUUCCACCAAAUUGAAGGUGUUUUGGCCGACUACAACAUCACUCUAGGAGAUUUGAUUCAGUUCAUGGAAGAAUUCUUUGCUAAAAUGGGUGUCACUAGGUUGCGUUUCAAGCCAACAUAUAAUCCAUACACCGAGCCCUCUAUGGAAAUCUACUCUUGGCAUGAGGGUUUAGCUAAGUGGGUUGAAAUAGGUAACUCCGGUAUGUUCAGACCAGAAAUGUUGGAGUCGAUGGGCUUGCCAAAGGACCUAAGAGUUUUAGGCUGGGGUCUAUCCUUGGAAAGGCCAACUAUGAUUAAAUACGGUGUGAAGAAUAUCAGAGAAUUGCUAGGUCACAAGAUUUCUUUAGACUUCAUUGCAAGUAAUCCAGCUGCUAGAUUAGAUGAAGAUUUGUACGACUAG